AUGACCUCUCAUCAUGCUGACAUUGUCAUCCAUUGCAUCGCAGGUCAGCUCCUCAUCUUUGACCUCUCUACUGUCCAGCUGCUUCGAGAACAAUACCAGAUAUGCGGCGUCCUAGGCGGCACGCUCUUUCAAAUUCCACAGCAGAGUGUCUUUCUUGGCCUGCCACUCCAGCUCAUGCCCGAAGAAGCCGUCUGGCUCGUUCGUCAUGCUGGUGCUAUUCUGGUGGACGACGCAGCGGCGCAUAGAAAGACGACCGAAAAAGCCAUUGAGCGUGAAAAAGCAGAAGCAACACGCACGCACGCUUGGGCUGUACGGCGUGCUGUUUUGGUUGAACGCGGGUUGACGCAGGUGCUUGAACGAGAGGAAGCACAACGUGCUAUAACAUCUACAAAGUCUGUCGAGACCGAAGCAUUGCCAGUGCAAAUUGAUAUGGCAUCAUCGCCCAUCCUUCUCGAUCAGGCUGCAGUGUCCACGUGUACGCUAUCACUGGACUCUCCUGCAUUUCCCAAGAUCAAUGAGCGACAAUGUGCGUUGUAUACGCAUCUGCAUCAUCACGGCUACUUUAUGACACCAGGUCUUCGGUUUGGUGGAUAUUUUGUCGCGUAUCCAGGUGACCCGCUACGCUUCCAUUCGCAUUUCCUAGCUACAGGCUUGGCAUACGAUGAACCGUUCCAAGUGAUGGAUCUUGUUGCUUGUGGCAGAUUAGGAACGGCAGUGAAGAAGGCCUGGCUGAUUGGCGCGACACGGCCGGCUCAAGACGCAAAGGACAAGAAUGAAUCAGAGAAAGAAGCAUACAGCUGCUUUACUAUACAGUGGGCAGGGAUGUGA